AUGCCUCAGGAGGAGAUCAAGCAACAGACAUUGGGUGAGCCAGGCAUUUUCGUGCCUAAGGACCCUGAGGCUUUGGCUGCUUUCGAGACUGUCAGAGAUGUAGACCCUAAGACUUUGAACGAGCCUGAGUUGACUGCUGAGGAGAAGAAGAAGCAAAAGAAGAAAUUGAAGAGAACCCAAUACAAGAACAAGCAGAAGGCCAAGAAGGCUGCUGGUGCCGGUGUUGCUGGGGCUGCUGUUGCCGGCUCUACCGACAGCACUCCUGUUCCUGAGACCGGUGUUUCGAGCUCUGAACUUGAGCCAGAGACCACCAACGACGAGCAGAAUGUCGUUUCCAAGGAAGAGGAGGCUGAGGCUGUUGCUGCUGCUGCCACUGCUGCUGCUGCCGCCGCUGCCUCGGUUCCUACUGUCCCACCUAUCGACAGCAAGGCUGUUGAGAAGGAGCUCGACGCCAAGAAGGACGUCGCCGCUGCCGCUGCCCCUGUUGCUGCUGCUGCUGCUCCAGUCGAGGCUGCUGCUCCAGUCGAGGCUGCUGCUCCAGUCGAGGCUGCUGCUCCAGUUGAGGCUGCUCCAGUUGAGGCUGCUCCAGCCAAGACUGAGGCUCUUGUUCCCGAGACUCUUGACCCAGCUGUCGUGGGUGCUGUUGCCCCAGGAACCUCUGCCAAUGAGGUUCACCAAGACGCUGAAGAGACCACCGAAGACCCUGUGGCCGUUGCCGCAGCUAUGGCCGCCAUCGAGGAGCCAAUCCCAAUCAAGGACACUGAUGCUACCACUGCCACUAAGGAAGUAGACGCUUUGCCAGUUAGCAAGAAGGCCGAGGAGGAGAUUAUUGUUGCCGAGGGUGGCAAGAACUCUAAGGAGGUCGGUGAGGAAAUCGCCACUGCCAUCGGUAAGGAGGUUGAAGAGAUUAACCCAAGUGCUGCCGAGGCCAAGGAGAUGGCUGAGCAAGCCAAGAAGGUCAAGGCCAGCAGUGGUACCGGCAACGGAACUGCUACUAGCUCUAGCAAGAACGAACCAAAGACUGAGACCAAAGAGAAGAAGAAGGGAUUCUUCUCCAAGCUCAAGAGAGUGUUCAAGUAA